UGUUUGUUGUGGGUCAAUUGCCAUUUUUCUUUGGAACGUUUUGUCACAUUCGCACCAUACAGAGGUAGCUUGGUUCUCAAACGCCUUGGUGCUCAAACAACUUGGAACCCAAACACUGCAAACCCAGAAGAAACGAUGCUAGAGAGCCUCUACGAUGAACGACGCUGAAAGGAAACAGUUUGGCUCAGUGGAAGAAGAAAGGAACCACUGGAAGGAGCUGGCUGCGAAAUACAAGCAGUGCGCAGAGAACGCCCAGGAGGAGCUUCGCGAGUUUCAGGAAGGGAGCCGCGAGUAUGAGGCUGAACUCGAGGCGCAGCUGCAGCAGGUGGAGUCGCGGAACAAAGACCUCCUCUCGGAGAACAGCAGGCUGAGGAUGGAGAUUGAGUUGGUCAAGGAGAAGAUCACGACCCAGCACUCCGAAGGCUACCAGCAGGUCUCCACCCUGGAGGAAGAGCUUGCCCAGACGAGGGCUGUCAAAGAUCAGCUUCAGAAAUACAUCCGGGAGCUGGAGCAAGCCAACGACGAUCUGGAAAGAGCCAAGAGAGCCACAAUAAUGUCUCUGGAAGACUUUGAGCAGCGCAUGAACCAGGCCAUUGAACGCAAUGCCUUCUUAGAGAGUGAACUGGACGAGAAGGAAAACCUCUUGGAAUCGGUGCAGCGGCUGAAAGAUGAAGCCAGAGAUUUACGCCAAGAGCUGGCCGUGCAGCAGAAGGAAAAACCCCGGGCCUCCAUAGAAGAUUCGCUGGAAGUAGAUCGGAUGGACACAGCCGUCCAGGCCACUUCCUCUGUGCCUUCCACCCCUGUAGGCCAUCGGGGGCUCAGCACUGGAAUGAGCACCCCAGGAACACCCAGGAGAGGUCUUGAGGACAGCUACAGCGCAACUCCGCUUACACCAGCUGCCCGAAUAUCCGUGCUAAACAUUGUGGGAGAUCUGCUCCGGAAAGUUGGGGCCCUGGAAUCCAAGCUGGCUUCGUGUCAGAACUUGGUGUACGACCGGACUCCGUACCGAAGCCCCGCGCCCCCCCAGGUCCACAUGGUACAUGAUAGGCGGCUGAGUGGCCCCUACGGACCCCCGGGGAUGGUUAAGAGGCUGGAUCUAGGGACGCGGCCAUCAAAUCUAGCAAGGCCAAUGGGCCUUCCUCCGCAAGGAGUAGUUCAGAUGCUUCUCUGAGGAACCGCCAGCCCAGAGUGCCCUCCUCCUGUGUGGUGGAAACUUUGGUUUCUUUUCCUGUGUUUCAUGGGAAUACUAACACUCGCUUUUGGCCACUCACUUGAGAUAGGAGACUUGGAGAAAUGCCGUUGUACCCAGAGACCAUUAACUGCAUCUUGUUCCACCAGACUGGGGCUCGUCCCCACCCCACAAGCCUGGCGGUUUCUGUGAUGCAGGAGAUCCACACACAGAAGACUUACUUGGAAGAUCCAUCACAAAGACCUGCGUUGAGGCCCUGGCUGGGAUGAAUGACACCAGGCCCAGAACGUUGGAUGGAGCCACGUCCCAUUGCACCGAUGGAAAGCUGAACUGAACUCCUUCAAGCUAGCACAUAAUGCUGUGUCUUCUGCUAGAAGAUGAUGGAUGGUAUCCGUGUCGCAUCAGAGCCAAUCUUCCACCGGAACGCAGCGUUGCUGGGCCAUAAAUCUUAAUAACAAAUCUGAAGGAAAACGGCUGCUUAGGAGAAGAUUUCUGAAGGGGGCAAGGUUCCCUUCCUUUUUGUCUGCCCAUACUUGGUCCUGAAGUAAUGUGAGGCUGUGCUUAGCUGGGAGAGCCCCACCAGGAACCAUUUUCCUUGCCUAGAGGAUUUUAAGCUUGGUUUGGCAGCCGAGCCAUCUCAGCUCGUCAAACGCCUUUUGUUAAGUGCUUUCUGCAAUUGGAGCAAAGUCACACCACCUCUUACUUUGCCAGUGGUGGUUGGGGACGGUGGUAUUUUUAAAAAACACACCCGCACACAGCCCUUAAAGCCAGCUGCACGUUUGGAAGAGGAAAUAAGAGGUCCUGCAUUUUUAGGGGGGAAACGUGCUUAAGAAUUUGAAAUCUCAUCCAUUGAUGUUGCAUCGUUGUUUAUAAAGUUUUGGAAUUCAA